AUGUCGAAGGCUGUGUCGCGCAUUCCGUCGAGCACCUUGACCUCGCUCCUCCCCCGCGCCCUCAACCCCCACGUCGCCGUCGUCGACCUCGUCGUCUCCACCCACCUCACCGCCGUCACGGACGACGCCAAGCCCGUAGACCUCACCCGUCUGCUCCCCUUCCUCGGCCACGACGAGCUCACCGCUGUUGUUCUCCGCGCAGGCCACUCCCACCCGCUCCAAACCCUCCGCUUCCUCCUCGCGCUCCCGCCGCCGCUCCAGCCCUCGCCUCCCCACCUUGCAUUCCUUGCGCACUCGCUUGCCUCCUCCCUCCUCUUCUCCCACGCGCUCGACGCGCUCUCUCACCUCAUCCGCCUCAUCCCGCGGCACGACGCGCUGCCCACGCUGCUCCUCGCGUCCGCCACCGCGCCGCACCCUUCCCUCCCGGGCCUCCUCGUCAAGGCUCUCCUCCGCCACGCCCGCCUCCGGGACGCGUUCCGCUCCGCCCUCCGCGCGGCCGCCGCGGGCGCGCCCCCCGACGCCGCCGCCUUCAACACGCUCCUCGCCGCGCUCUCCCGCGCGGGCCGGUUCGAUGAGCUCUGGGCCGCGCGCGGCGCCAUGGCGCGCGCCGGGGUGCGGCCCGACGCCCGUACGUUCAACAUCCUCGUGGCCGCGCUCUGCCGCGGGGAGGACGCCGAGCGCGCGCAGGGGUUCCUCGAGGAGCUGGAGGAGCAAGGGUUCGAGCCGGACGUCGUGACGUACAACACCCUCCUCGCGGGCUACUGCCGCAAGGGGAAGCUGCAGGACGCGCUGCACCUGUUCGACGUAAUGCCGCACAGGCGCGUGCCACCUGAUUUGGUCUCAUACACCAUCCUGAUGGACGGUUUGUGCAAAGCCUGGAGGCUGAGCGAUGCUCGCCGGAUGUUUGACAGGAUGGUGCAGGGUGGGUUGUGCCCUGACGCUGUUGCUUAUAGUGUUCUGAUCACAGGGUACUGUAAUGAGGGACGACUAAAGGAGGCGAGGUCGCUGCUGAUGGAGAUGGCUGGGAGUGGGCUCUUGGACAUAGCAUUCGCUCUCAGGGUUGUCAUUGAGGGUCAUGUAAAAUUUGGGAAGCUGCUUACCUGCUUGAACAUGGUGGCGCCGCUAAGGAAAUAUGGUAUUGUUAUCCCAUCACAGAGUUAUAGCUGCUUCAUCAGUGCAUUGUGUGAGGAUAUGCACCCUAAUGCUGCGAGGGGUCUGCUGCAGUGGAUGAUAGAGGAUGGGCACAGUCCUAGUUUGCAGGUGUACAAUUUGAUUGUGGAUUGCUUCUGCCGAUGUGAUAAUCCAAAGGAGGCUUUGGAUGUGAAGGUUGAGAUGACCUCUAGAGAAGUGAAACCCAACUAUGACACUUACCAGGCACUCAUAACCUGCCUUUGCAGAUUGGGAAAGAGCUUGGCAGGUCAGUCAAUAAUGGUGGAGAUGAUUGAGUCCAAUUUCCAUCCGAACGAGGCCAUUUGUGCUGCCUUGGUUUGUGGCUUCUGCAAGGAAGGCGGCCUUGAUAGAGGAGAACUAAUUGUGAAGUCAUUCGCGCUUGAUUUUCAGAUCCUCUGUAAUGAGAGCUACAAUGCAUUGAUGAGGACUUACUGCGAGACUAGGAGCACAGCAGAGUCACUAGCACUGCAGGACCGAAUGUUAGAGCUGGGUUUUGUUCCAAACAGCAAGACUUGUCGAUCUAUUAUUUAUGGACUUUCAAGAAGGCCUGGUUGA